GAGAGAAGCUUCGUCAGCUACUUCUUCAACACGGAUCAUUUGACAAGGUGGAGGUUGUAGUCAAGCAGUGGGCUGAAACCAAGCGCAAGCAAAAGCAAGGGGGAGGCUAUGUCACCAAGCAGUGGCUGAUCGACAACCGCUCGACUAUGGCGGACAAGGCCUUUGAAUGGGCAAAAGCUCGUGGCCUUCACCGAAUCAGUGAAAUCACUGGGGCUGAAGAGGCCGACAUUCCGUUUGAUUUCUCAUGGUCCAACACGAACACCACAGGGCAGCGGGUGGAGUUUGAGAAUGGGGCUGAGAUGGAGGUGGCCUGCUUCACUACUAGCAUUUUUUCGGGCUUUCAGUGCUAUGUAUCAGAUUAUAUGAUUAUGUGA